UCCUCCUCGCCCCUGCUGCACUUGUCAAAGGGCACUGAUCGCAAAUUGCAUCACAGUCGUCCCCACAUACGCACACGCAAAUGACACCGGGACAACCUGUCUGCUAGAGUAUUAGGCUUUUUUUAAACUCUCUUUUUCUAAUUAGAUGCCACAAUGUUGCCUUUCAAAAGAACUUUUGAGAGCGACAAACAGCAGCUGCAGGUGCUCAACAGCAGACUCGUCCAGUAUCUUUCCAGAACGAAGCAGCUGGAGCAGGAAAAUGCACAUCUUAUUACUGAAAUAAAUAAACUUAGACAGGGGAAGACGGCGGAAUGGGAGCCGAAGUACAAAGGCGAGAUGCGGGAGCUGAGGAGAAUGGUGGGUCUGCUGUCGUUUGAGAAGUCCCAGGCCGAGAUGGAGAGGGAGAAGCUAUGGCGGGAGUUGCAGAUGGUCCAGUCUCUGUGCAGCGAGCAGACCGGGGUGUGCAGGGACAUCAGUGGCGAGCUGAAAGGCUACGAGAAGGAGCUUCAGCACGCUCACAAGGCCAACGGUGAACUCCAGCAGCGUUUAUUUCAACUGGAGAACGAGUAUAAAAGCAUGGAGGAUGUGCACAGACAAGACAAGGAUCGUCUGCGGCGUCAGGUGGAGUCCCGGGUGGUACCCAUCAUUACGCAAACUUAUCGCGGGCCUCCGGUGGCCUCCAUGGAGGAGGUGCAGGAGUAUGCCCGCGGUCUGUCCGAUGGGUGGAUUGAGACCUAUGAAAUGUACCAGCUGAAGGUGGAAGAUAUGGAGCAGUCGAUUAAAAGCGACCAGGCGAGGCUGAGUGAUCUGCAGAGGGAGAAGACGCUGUCUGCCUCGGAGUUGGGCAAAUUACGCACAGAGGCGGAAAAACAAGGUCAGAUUCAAUCCCGUCUUGAAGAACAACUGAUGCACAUGCAGGAGAAAUUCCGGGUGGACUUCAGUGAAUAUCAGAUGAUUAUCGAGCAGCUGGAGCACGAGAGGAAUAUGAUGGCUGACGCUAUUGCAGAAAAGAUGCGAGAACAUCAGCACCUUCUCCAGGUGAAGAUGGAUCUGGGCAUGGAGGUGGCUUCCUACAGGGCUCUCCUGGAAGGUGAGAGAGUGGAUCUGCAAGAUGCUCAUAGGAGGGUGACCCAACAUCAAAGAGAAGGAAUAAUAGAUAUAAGGAUGCCUGCCAAGCCCUACACUCCAAGAGCUUCCACCUUAACCACCAGACAACAUAUGGAUAUCAGGUACACGCCGCCGGCUUCACACCUGAGAAGAUCCCCUGUGCCUCCCUCUGGGUCCAUAAGUCCCUCUAGGAUCAUUCCUAUUUCAGUCGCAGCCAGAGAUCGGCAUCAGAGUCCUGCAUCCAGAAGGGACAUGAUCUCAUUCACCAAAGCUCGGGCUGCCACCUCUGACCCUGCUGCCACCACUGCCAAAGAUAAACAAACAGGCCAGAGUGAAUACCAAACCAGACAACAUGUUCAGAAAACAGCAGCAGAGGAGAAAACUGUGAAAAUCAAACAGGCCUCUCGGGUAGAGAACCAAGUCAGUCCCAUCAAGUCAUCCGCUACUGAGACCAGAUCAGUGAAAGUGGUGUCACCACCAAUGAUGAGACUGAGCAGGAAAACUGAGACAGAGAGCAAAAGGCAAGUGUCAGAUGAACAAGAGAAAGAUAAUGUUUACGUUGGGGAGUUCAAAGAUGAACGAAAAACAGAGCCUACGAUGGGCACAAGUGAGAAAAAGAUAUUCGAUUCUGUGUCUCUAGAGGAGAUCUUCCAGAAAGCGAUGAGACCAGCAGGUUCGGAAGCUAUGGUUUGCUCCUCGGGGGAUUCAAAGGUAAGGUAUCAUGUGGAGAAAACUGAGGAAGAGGAUGGAACGACUAAGACGCAGAUCGUGUUGGAGUCCAAAAUGGAGGAAGAGCUGGAUUUUGAGGACCCUGCACUGGAAGAACUACUGAGCCAUGGGGUUAAGAAGAUGUCACUGGAAGACAUCAAGUACACAGCAACAGGAAGCAUGAUCAAGAACCUGCUAAGUGACCUCCAGGUAAGCGAGAACCUGGAAAAUAAGUCUGUCAAUGUGGAAAUCAUCGAGGAACCGAUGGAGUCUUACAUUGAUGAAGAGUUUGAGCUUGAGCGGAAAUCCAGAUCUGUUUUUUACGAGCCGUCCUCAACACAUUACCAAAUCGAGGAGCUAGAAAAUAUCCCUCAUGGUGCUCAAGUUCAGAGGAGUGAUGGUGAUGCCAUGAAAACCUCCAUGACAGAUACAGACCAUCGCAAGGGUGGAUCUGUACAAGUCCAAGAGGUUUCUAGAGAGAGUGAAUCUUCAUAUGUCUCCCAUGACCAAGGGCCUGACGAGUAUUUCGUCUCCACACCAGAUGAUCAUCUUUCUGAAACCGAGGAGGGUGGUGGCAUCACCUCAUAUGGCCAUUAUGGUAUCGUCGAUGACCUGUCAGAUGAGCGGUAUUAUCAAGAUGAAGGUCUUCUCUCGAAAGGGGUGAUUGUAGAGGAAAGUGAAGAGUACAAGUCAGGUGAUCACUCGUUCGUCAAGGAGAGUUUCCCAGAGUGCAUCAUUGAAGAGGAGGUUUGCGUCUCCCCUGUAGUGCAGGAGUCGAUGCUCGAGUUCCUGAGAGAGGACUCUUUGGAGCCCAAAGAGCAACUGAAGGGAGCUUUAGAGAAGCUACAAGGCUCAGUGUCGGGUCCACUGAGGGAGGAGUUGGCCUUCCUCACAAAAGUGAAUAGUGAUGGUUCACAGGCUUUCAAUGUCACAAAAGUGCAGCAGUCGAGUGACAGCGGCACCAUGACUAUAGUUGCAGAGCUGAACACGUCUCAAAGUCUGGAAGACUCAGGGCUGCUGGAGGCAGGAGAUGAUCUAUCUGAAGAGCAGAUCAUGGCAGCGCUCAGAUCCUCUGAGAAAGCCUUCCAGGGCGGGGCAGGAGGAGGAUACAGCUUCAGAGUCUCCAAAGAAGAGGAUGUUGUGCAAGGUGAAGAGUUUGAAGGCUUCACCAAAGAAGAAGGGUCUGCAUCUGAAAUCACUGAGAGGCAGAUACAACUGGGGCCAUCAGAGAAGUGCUUCACCUUUCAGAUGGACGUACAUGGCAGCCAUGCUGAGCCCCCACAGCUAGAGCUGCAGCCUCACACCUUGGAAACCCCAGUUAAGAUUUCUCAAGAGAAAAGAAUUGCAACGGUUUACCUUGACAGUCCAACAGCUGAUUAAAAAAUAAUUCGGUCCGAAAUAUUUUCACGGCCAAGUGCUUGCCAAGGUUACUUGUUAAAGUUUCACAUUACAGAAGUUGUUCUGACGCAGCAGUCCACACACACACACACACACACACACGGUUUUCAGACACUACUAAUGCUGUCAGCAGUAAAACAUUGUAUAUCUAAUUGAUUUUGGUGCACUCUUUUGCUGAACCUACUUAAAGUGUGUCACCUAAAACUUGGCGUACCUAACAUGAGGCAAGCUAAAUUGAGUUAUUCAGUUAAAAUAACCAGAUUAACACUUUGUUGUGGUAUUAAUUGUGGCAGGACUGCUAUUAGAACAGAGUGCAAACUAAAAAUGGGAUAUUUUAUGUUAGGAUUGCGCUGGAAUGUGUGUAACCUUUUUACAGCUUGCAGUUUAUCUUAAAAGAGGUUUGUUUAUUCUCUCUAGAUUUCUCUAUUUUUAAUCAUCACAUCACGUGUUACAAGCCAACAUAUGACAGUUGGAGUCAUGAUGUGCUGUGCACCGUUCAAGAUCGGGGCUUUCAUUUUUCUUUUGACUUGGGCACUGCUGCCAAAUAUACAUAGCUUUAGCAUUUACUGUGUCCUGUAGCAGCAGCAGAAUAUAGUGAAGCUUGUAGCUGAGGACAGUAUAGUCAGGAUGGGGAAAAAAAGAUGGUAAUUUGUCUUAAGAAAGUUUUAAAUACUGAAAUCAAAGUGUAGUGCAGUAAAUGUGGCACUUAAAGUGGUUUUUAAAUAACCGGGUUAUCAAUGUAAUCGAUGUGAAACGUGUUUGUAAAAUAUGUAUCUGUAAAUGGUAUGUGUCAAUACCACACAUUUCUAAUUUCUUCCGACGAGUAAAAUUUCGAUUUUGAACAUAAUUGAAAAUGGUGAAUUAUACCAUUUAGAACAUCAAACAAGGCUUUUCAAUUACAAAACCAAUAGUGAGAUGAAAGAGUGAACAGCAGUAGUGGAAUCUUAAGGAACUGAAAGGAUUCAGUGAAAUAUAAGUCACACCUGGUUUUGAUGUACAGUAUGUCUUGUCUAGAUGCCCUGUUGCUGUUAUCACAUUGUUGGCUGGAAGCAUUCACCUUUACUGGAACAUGGUGUCCAUGACCGUGACUAUUUUUGGAUCAUCAGCUUAGUGGCGUUGACUGUCCAUUAGGGUUUGUUGUGUUGUGCACUAGUUGCAGAGGCAGAAAUGGUCCACUAUGCUUACAGGGUGGUUACAUGUCUUGCACAUUUAGUCUAAGUGGUUGCAACAUGUACAAUGUGUAACCAUCGAGUAAUGUAUUUACUUGGCACUUUCACGUUAAAGAAAUGUAAUGUUGAACAUUCAUGUCAUGCUUUUAUAAAUGUGUUAACUGUUAGAAAUCUACUAAGUUAAACCUAAAAUAAAGUGCCCAGAUACAGCAUAUUUCCAUACGUUCUCAUCUGCAAACUGCAGUAAUUUAAACAAAAACCCUAUUACAUCAAUGCACUUCAAUUGUGGCUUAAUAACAAAUCUUACUUUACUGGAUAUGUAUGUACAGAGUGUAAUCUAGAUAAUGUGCAACAUCCAGAAAGUAUAAAGAUUUUGUAAUGAGUCAAAGGUUCAAUAAAUAUUGGUCACCAUGGAUAGGCCAACAUCAUUGCUUUUAUUAACAUGUUUUUUGUUGAACACAUGGUAUGAUGCUUUUGUGAAAAACAAAUCCAGCCCUUCUUUGGAAAUUGAUUAAUAUCUUAAAAUGACAAUUAAAACACAUUGUUGGUAAGUUUUCUGAGUACGAGUAUUUCUUUAAAGCUGACUUAUGUUACUUGAUGUACAAAAUGACACAAGAUCAUGUACAAAUGCCAGUGGACAUAAUUAGUGCAAAUGAAGAUGAUUUUCAGCAGUGCAUCAUCUAACAGACUGUUGCUGGCAUUCAAAAAUGAAUGCCAGCAAUUAUUGGUCAAAACUUGCAAGAUUAUUGUACUGGCAAAAUAAAAAAAAGAACAUUUCAAGAGUCCGACAUUGAGUUUCCAUCAUUGCCACUGCAGGGUUCAGCUGAAAGUGUGUGACGUUUUGUUUUCCUUCUCCCUUGCCUGUGUUGUCUCUCAGCCACCUCUGGUGCCCUACAAAACAUACAUUACAUGGUCGCAUUACUGAAACAUGUACUCGUUUGUUAUUUUUCAAAUCAUUCUAUUACUGUGAAAUACAACUAGUUGAUUGAGAAUUCAUCACCAGGAGAAUAAAAUGUCUUAAUAUAAUAUAAAGUACAGUUUCAUUAUAGUUCAGCAGAAUUACCGCGCCAGCAUGUCCACCGCUUUCUGUGUA